AGCACAUGACUACAGGUAUCAGCUUCUUGUCCUAGCACGUAUUUUCCCAAUGAGACGCUGCCCCGCAUUCGGUCGAUAUGAGUACCAUCCCUCUAACCUAAAUGAUCGCUUGUUUGGUCGUUCUUGUGGUGAUGUAGUUCUCUUGUCAGUUAUUUAGGAACAACUGUUCCAAAUAGGUUUCAGCCUGAUACACAUCCAAGUGCAAGAACAACAAGGUUCCUGUUUGAUAUUUUAGAUUUUUGAAAAUGUCUUUAACUUCUUUAUCUAUAUCUUUUCAUGUUCAUCAUGCUAAUUAUUUGUUCUGCCUGUCAUCUGAUGAAGACUGGGCUUUUCAUCCUCAUGAUCAUGUUGUUAUUCAACAUCUAGGUUUUCGUAGCUAGAAGAGCAGGUAGUCCUACUGGUCUAGAAUUUUUCCUCACUUGUACUUGAUUUCAGUUGAAGAACUUCCCAAAGAUGAACGCCCAGAAAAUGUUGUCUGUGCCUUUGUUACAACACAAGAACGAGGACCACCACCAUGACGACAAAGUGGGGAGCGGGAAGCACCUGCCAUCCGACUCUGUGGCGGUGGAUGAAACUUCCUUCUCUACACGACGAGCACAAACUAACAAGGAUGCCGAUGCGGAACGCAAGAACAGCAACAUCGUGUUUUUCUCAGAGGUUCUCGCGGAAGCAGCAGAGACCCUUCCUCGGCAAGCUAUAUUGGAAAAUUUCGUUCACCACAAUCCCUGGGAUAUGGUGCAAGCGAAAGUGCGGUUCUCAGAACUCGAGACCUUUCUAGAAGAACAUCUGGGAGAGUUUAUGCCUCCUAUGGAAAGAUUAGCAUGGGUGUUGGCGCAUGAUCUGAGUGAUUGUGAUACUAGCAUGGGUGGAAGGAAAAAGUAUGCUGCUACUAGGAGAAGAGGCGUCGAGGACCAGAAGGACAAGGAUGUCGAAAAAGUUUUGGUCGGGCACCAGGUUGAUCACGUGCUCGACGACAUGGAGCUCCAGUCCGCCUCAACAUCGUUCCCCUCUACAUCACCCAACGCCAAACAAACGGUGUCGUCAUUGCAUGCUUACGGAAAGGACCGCGUGAGAGAAGCGCUUGCGGAAAUUUGCGCGCUCUUCCUGGAUAGAGGUGCUGCGAAGUGGUGUCCAGAUUUUGCAGAUUUGAGAGGUAAUGGUGGCCUACUGUGGUUUUGGGCAGCGUUGGAAGGAGGAAGCGAUACAGACGAUGAGCAAUGCAGCAAUGGCUCGAGCUCAUACGUGAAAAAGUGUGCGAAAAAGGUAAGAAAGGAAAUGCAGGUGGACAACGACAAGAGCAGAGGAGUUAUAGCGAUUUCGAUUAUCCAAGAGUGCUUUGAGGAAGCCUUCGAUAUGGAUUGGACUGAUGCAGAAGCGAUUCGAGCACUGCUAUGGGAAAUGCCAGGUUACGCUGGAAUGUUCUACAGGAUGGAAAAGCAUCCUAGUGAAGCUCCACGUGUUGUGCAUCAAGCUCAAGAAGUUCGAGUAAAACUGUUGGACUUUUUGGCUUUACAGUGUAUUUUUACACGUCAGGCUAUGGAAGACAUGAUGGCGACGUUCAGUGAAGCUCGAGGUGGUCGUGGAGGUGGAUCUUCUACUUCUUCUAGUCGAGUCAAGCUAGCAGACUUUUUAGCAUCCAGGAGUAACGUUCCUCGAUUCAAGAACGGCCAUCCUCAUGGCGCAUCUUCCUGUGCCUCACACGACCUGCAGAAUCCUAGUGGAGUAGCAUAUCUGGACCAAAAUAUGUCUAGGCGGGCUGAAUUAGAAGCAGAGUAUGAAGCGAUCACCUUGGCAUGUCUAAAUGAGGACUCGACGUCUGGUUCUCGUGGCUCAUCUGGUCGUGGGUUCAGACUUCGUGGAGGGCUUUCAUUUUGUCGUGGUUGUUCUGAUAGCUCAUGGGGAGACGACGAGAGCAAUCAUCAAAUAGCAACUUCAACACCAUCGCCUACGGCUACGCCUAGUAUACAAACACCAAUGCCUGCUGCAACUUCCGGGAUGCUCACGCUCCGUAACAAUGAACCUUCCUCUUCUGGUUCAAACAUGAAGAAGAACCUAGCCUCGCUGAGUACUCUCGCAUCAUCAUCGAUGUCCAUUGUAGACACGAUUGUGGUUGUUGAAGACCACCAUGUUGAAAGCGGUAUCUCAGGCACUGUGGUGCCAUCGUCGGAGAUGAAUGAAGAUGUGUCGUGUCUUCCAGUCGCACAAGAUGGACCGAUAGAAAAAGUUACCACAUCAGUGGUAAAUGAUCAUCUUGUUGGUACUACUAGUAGUAGUACUGCUACUACAACUACUGGUGGAAAGGGAGAUGCAGAUGUAGUCGAUCAUGAUGCGCAAGACAAGAACAAGGAUCUCAUCUUCAGCCCGCCUUCUUUACCACCUGCUAUCCCCCGACGUAAUAUUCGUCCUGCUCUCACGCUGCUGACCUGCAUCGACGAACGCGAGUGCUCAUUUCGACGUCAUUUUGAGGACUAUGCGGAUGUUGUGGUUGGAGAUGCUUCUUCUACAUGGAACAGCGACAAAAAUACGGAAAACGAUGAGAACAUGCUAAUAGAAACAUUUGGCGUGCCUGGUUUCUUCGAUUUCCCAAUUCGUUAUCGUGCAGCCGACGGAGGUGAUGAAAUGAUCCUGGCUCCCGAGGGCAACAAUCCUCCUUACAUACUGGAAGAGUUUGAGGUUGAGCCAGAUAGUGCAGAAACGAAACGAUACCAUUUCUGGAGACGUUUUCAAGCACGAGUCGAAGUUUUAAUCGAGCGUUGGUCUUUCUGUCCCGUAAGAGGGUUGUUUUUGGCUGUGUCGCUUUGCCCAUUCGCGCUGUUGCAUUUGGUAUUGACGUCGUUUUGUCCGAACUUGAAACGACGACUGUUUCAUAGACUAGAACUGUUCGUAAGUGGACAUCAAGGUUGUGGAAAACCACCUCGUACGGAUUUUAGGAUACCCUUUACACCUGAAGAAGCAGCGACAAGAUUGGCGAAAACUUUUCACAAUAUCGGGAUUGGGAUUAGUGGAGAGCCAAAGGACAAGCCCACCACCAACCACGACCUCCCGCGACACCAAUUCGCUCCGAUUUGCCUCAUCCUCGGUCACGGAAGUCGAACAGUCAAUAACCCCUUUGACGCUGCUCAUAACUGUGGGGCUUGUGGAGGCAGAGAGGGCGGACCAAAUGCCCGAUUGAUGGCACGAUGUGCUAAUGAUCCAGUGAUUCGAAGGCUUCUAAACUCCAGACACAAUAUCACGAUUCCGGAAGACACGUGGUUUAUUGGGGGAUACCACGACACGUCUAGCGAUGACGUGGAGUUGUUCGAUGUUGAAGAUCAUGAUUUUGUCCAUCAAGGUGAAGAUCUGCGUGUAGUUGAUGAUCAAAGGAAGAUGAUGAAGCUCCAUUUUGUACAACAAGUGAUUCAACGUACGUGUGAGCGGAACGCAUUGGAACGAUGUCAACGGUUUAUGCUAGCACGUGAAAGAGUUAACGGAUGUAGUCGGCGAAACACUUCAUCUGGAGGUUCCGGCGCUGCUUUAGAACAUGUACGAGACCGAGCCACCGACCUUGGAGAAGCCCGUCCCGAGCUAGGGCAUGCAACCAACGCGUCGGUCAUCAUUGGGCGGCGUUUGCUGACGAAAGGGAAGUUUCUAGCGAGACGUGCGUUUCUGGUCAGCUAUGAUCCUUGGAACGAUGACGAGCGAGGGUCGAAUCUAGAGAAUUUGAUCGCUCCCGCGUUGAUCGUUUGCUCUGGCAUUAGCUUAGAGUAUCUGUAUUCGACAACGGAGGGAGGCGCAGGAACAAAAGUGUGCAUGAACUUGGUCGGGAACUUUGGCGUGUCUCAAGGCGCCAGUGGGGACCUGUUAGUGGGAUUACCGACGCAAAUGACGGAGAUGCAUGUGCCUGUCAGGGCAUUGUACGUCGUAGAUGCCCCGUUGGACAGGGUAAAGACCGUUUUAGGCCGAAGGUCUGAAUUGCGUGCGAUCGUGGCGAAUGACUGGGUCAAAUUGGUCGUGCGAGAUCCGAACACUGGGAAAAUGUACAGGAAAAUUGAACAGAUGAUGAAGGAAAAUGAAAGUAGUACGUCUGGCGCGUGGCCUUUGGACUUCUCAGAAAUUAUACUUUUUACAGCAGGAUUUCGCUUUCCAGAUGCUGAUGCAGAACAAGAAGGAAAAAUGCAACAAGUUGUGUCUGGCCUUUCAUCUGAAGAUAUGGAACAAGAACGUGCUCAUCAAAGCAGCAGAGAUGAUGGACUUAGUCUUGAAGAGCAGAAUCCACCACCCCCUCUCACGACUAACAAGAAUAACGUCUCCUGUUCUGUCGAUAUUACUCGUCAGGAUUUGGGGAAGGGUGCAUACAAUAUGUCGUCGUUUUCGUCGACUCGAGAAGAUAAUAUCACUCGAACAUUCGUGCCCUGGACAGUGCAUCUUGCCUACGCAAAAAACAUGGUCAACUACGAACGUGUAGUCACUGCGUUGACUUGGAUUGGAAUGGCAGGGGCGUAUAUUUUUCCACGGGCGAAGAGUCUUCAGAACAUACUGGACCUUGUUCAUUUAGAUUUCAUCUUCUCUCCACGACUUAUCGUCUGUUGGCAAGACCUAACAGGAAUCGCUUUUGCGCUUCUGACAGCUUGCGUCAUCGCCUUUUCAAGACGUUAUCUGCAUGGCGAUUUCAUGUACGAUCGCUUUGCGUUUCUAGCAGUUCUGAUGCUGCUCGGGUUCAAUUUGAUCGUGUUUAGUGGAGAUUUUAGGACAACAGCUGGUGAACGGGGAUCAUCAUCAACAUCAUCAUCAGCAUCAUUCGGCACUGCAAUUCUUGGUUGUAGUCUCAUCGCUUAUGCUUCGACUUUCCUGAUUGGCGCAUACUCGGACAGACCGACAGUUCGUCAGAACGCUACCUUUGCCUUCUUCGUGUAUCAGAUCAGCGAUCUGUGUUUCUUGAUCAGUUACGGACUUCGUAGUACUUGUGGCGCUGGUGCUCGUCGUGGUGUUGAGUCUGAUGUUGCAUUAUCACCUGGUAAUAGUACGAUUGACGCAGAUCAAAUAGGAGCCAGAACAACUUCUGCAGCCCAUCCAGUAGAAGAGAUUGGCAGUACCACCACAACAAGCGACACUCUUGCCGCUCUCUUCCUCAUUCUAGGAGCUUGCUGGAAGACAAGUCAGUUUCCUUUUGUUGGCCUUUUUAUACGCGCAAUGGAGGGUCCGAGUCCUAGUAGUGCUUUAGGCUAUGCUAUUCUCUCCGCACAUUCUGGCCUGAUGCUACUACUAGUUACACAACCGCUUUGGGCUUGGAGUGUGACUGCGAGAUUGUUGCUGUUUACAAUUGGAGGCUUGACAGGGGUUCUGGGGUUUUUGACAGCACAGAUCAGAGCAGACCGAAAAGGAGCUUUGGGUGCUGCUAGUGCAGCGACUCUCGGAUGCAUGUAUGCGCUGUUGGCGGUGAUGGUGGGAAUAGGAGAUCGAGAUGGAGAAGGUACUUUUAAUCUGUUUGUUUCCAGCACUCAAAAUAGUUAGGUAGGUGAAAACGAAAGUAGAUUGCUACACGUACACCUACGACGUGCAUUUCAACAGUGACCCUGAUUGCAUCUUCAUAAUUCGUUGCAUCUUCAAUACAAAAAAAAAUAAAUCUUCAUAUUUCGUCAGGUGCGGGUACUUCUACAUCAAGCCUGAUCGACAGUUUCUUUGCGCUUCUCGCUUUUUCGCAUGCUGUUCUGCGGUGUGGGCAGUUGCUACGUUCUCACAAUGUUCUACUCGAGCAUCAUCAAAGAAGCGCUGCGCUUGGUCCUCAUGGAUCACAGCAAGUGGUUGUCGAUUCUUGUACGUAUCGACUUGCGUAUCGGGCUAUGCGUUUCUGCAACGGCUACUCCCGUUUACCACGAUUCUUUUACUGCCGGAUGGAUGACCUCUCCUUGGUCUGCAGUUCGUUUUUCCUAGUUCGUCGCAUGAAGUUGAGCCUGAAACCAAUCUUCAACAAGACCAAGAAAUCAACCCAGCAAUACCUCUUUACCGCGGUUUUGCUCUUCAUCAGUGGAACUUUGCCUUUUUCACCACUCACGGAAAUGAAAUCGACCUACCUGACAUCUUCAGGGACGGGAAUUUCGAUUUUAGUCGGCUGCAUCACUGUACUUUGGUCGACUCUUGUUGUGGGUUUUGUAUUUUCGAAUAUCCUCAAAGAGGAAAGGUUUCGGCAUAUAGAAGGGCACUCGUCUGGCAAAUGAAAAUGUACAGUUUGAAUUUGAUGUAUAGCUACUAGAGACUGGAGAAAAAACACAGGGAUAGGAGAAACGGUAUAUGUCAUAAUCCAUGUCGAUCAUGUUCAUGACCUUAAUCAUUCUUUGCAUGGAUAUGAAGUAGCAUUUUUCGUACUCUAUGAAGAAAGCAUCAACUAUUGCAAGUAUAUUCUGUACAGCAAUAUUUUUCAAGAAUUUUACUGCCAUGCAUAGCUAGUAGAUUGCUCAGAGAAUGAAAAAUGUAAUGAUGAAUAUCAACAGUGUCAGUGACCACUAAGAUUGUUGAAACAACUACCAACAUUGCGCAGCAACUACGCAUUCUCAAUUACAAGCCUCAACCUCAUGAAAGAAACAAAUAACGGAAGACUGCGACGACCUGACGUCGUCACGCCCGUUUAUGCACAAGUCUCUGCUAGAGAAGUAAUCUGCUAUUCCUUAUGUUGAUGUAACGUCAACGUGGACGUGGGAUAGUAGGACGUCGUGCUACUUCUGGCAACGCUUUCUAGAAGACUAGUACGAGACGAGCUGCUGUGUGCGUUCGCAUAGAGUCGGAUGCUGUUGUUCUAU